UACUCGCAUUAGUUAGAUAAACUGUAACAAAUUUUCGUCUGCUUAUUCAGUACAGGAAGUCAGCAAUUGAUCCGUAUCUUCAACGCAUGCGCAUCUUACCGCCGCUUUGCCUGAUGGGAAGAAUACAAAAUGUAAAGAUAGCGAAUAGGUUUAUUUUUAGUUACAAAUGAUCUCAUCCAAAUAGGUCAUGUGACGUAGCAGAGUAAACUAUCAUUCAUGUAUUUCGACUCAUACAUGAAUUGUUGAUAGUGCGGAGUAGUUCAGUUUGUUCACAUACCGAUAUUCAAACAGUUGUCUACAUUUAUGUCAGCAACAGACUACAUUUGUUCAUCGAUUGCUAGCCAGCCACCAGUGGCACAACAAAAGCUUGUUGAGCUCACAGAAAAGGGUGGUGUGUGUUCGUCUGUCUGUCCGUUCCGGAACGAACAGCUUGGGAAUAAUUUAGUUCAAAAUGCACAGAGAUUGUAUAAAUUUGUUGUAGAAGUUUUGAGGAUUAUUUUAAGUUCGAGCCAUCCAUUAGGCUUUCAAAUGCCUGAAUCUGGGGACGUCGAGGUCUUAAACCCAAACGUGUCCAGAGGCGUGGGGGUGUUGGCCAGGCGGAGAAUUGGAUUAUCUUUGGAUUUCUCAGACAUUUCAACGGACGAUUUAGUCACCAAAAGGUGUAAAAUAGAAUCAAUGAAUAUUCAAAUAAACAAUGGACCCUAUCCUCACAAUGGAGGCUCAGGGAUCGGACACAGGACCAUUCUGCCGUCGGAUUUAGCCUGUCGGAUAAACAGAUCAAAAACGGUUCUUGUUCUUGACUGUCGACCAUUCUUUGCAUAUAACGCGAAUCAUAUUCAGGGAGCUGUAAAUAUAAAUUGUUCCGACAGAUUUAACCGUCGGCGGCUUCUUCAGGGAAAGUGCUCACUAGUAGAUCUUGUUACCUCCAAAGAAGGAAAGGACCUUUAUAAGAAAAGAUCUAAUAAGGAAGUCGUCGUGUACGACGACAGAACCAAGGACAUUAAAGAUGUGGCCACGGACGCGUCAAUGUACAUAGUUCUUUCAGUUCUCCGACGGGAAGGAAAACAGGCUUCGAUUUUAAAAGGAGGCUUGGACGACUUUCAGGCGGACCACGAGGACCUGUGUAAAAGUUCCCUGAAGGCCCACGAGCAUAAGCCCCUAUAUAGCCCCACGACACCUAUUAUAGAACCCGCCAUAGAAACGGCAACAGCAUCACAGAUUUUACCUUUCUUAUACUUAGGGAACGAACGUGACGCGGCAAACUUACAACGUUUGAACGACCUGGGGGUUACCUACGUCCUAAAUGUGACAUCACAUAUACCUCUUCAUUUUGAAAAUCAUGGAAUAAAAUAUAAAAGAAUUCCAGCCUCGGACAGUGGCCAGCAAAAUCUCAGGCAGUAUUUUGAAGAGGCCGGAUUAUUUAUAGAUGAGGCACGUGAGGCGGGUGCUAAAGUUCUAGUCCAUUGUCAGGCAGGGGUGUCAAGAUCAGCAACAAUCACUAUAGCAUUCCUUCUUCGCCAUUCACGAAUGUCAAUGACCGACGCUUACAGAUUUGUCAAGUCGAAGCGCCAAAUUAUCUCCCCUAAUUUCAACUUUAUGGGUCAGCUUUUAGACUUUGAACAAGCUUUGAAUCAGGGACGAGUUUCUAGAACGUUAACGCCAUGCAUUGAAGAAAUCGAAACAUUUGUGUGACCCGGAUUUUCCUUCAGAUACGAUAUGUGAAUGCUCAACCUAGUUGCGGAUCGAUUCGUGUGUUACAAAGGGACUAAACUCUUUCCUAAGAGUUGUCAGGCGUUAUCAGGGAUGCGGGGAAACGUUUCAUGCAGCGUUUAAUUGCAGUGACUUUGCUGAAUAUCAGAAAAUAAUAAGUGACAAGAAAAACUGAUUAAGUGACAGCUCAGGAGAAAACGUGGAAAUUAUUUCAUUUCCAAAAUGAAUGGAGACGGGGAUUUGAAAAUGAGAUUAAUAUUGUAGCAAGGGACAAACGAAUGCAAACGAAACGCUGACUCAGCGUAAAUUCUUCCUCGAAGAGAUAUUCAAAAACGCUGCGCGGGAAAAUAAUUAUUUGAAAUCCAACUGAUGUUGAUAAUUAUAUAGUUUCGGCUGUAGAGAAAAAAAAAGAACAUUCCUUUCAGUGACUCAUUAAUAAUGGAAAUCAGAUGUGAAGAGAAAAAAACGAGUUGAGAAGAAAAUUACAUGUCUUUCACUAAUUUGUUUCCUGGCCUGUGCAAUCGCUUUUGUUCUUUUUAAUUUUUGAACAUGAAAUGUCAAAGAUGAGCAAUGGGUUGGGUGGAGAAAAUUAGAGAAAGUGAACAUUACAGAUGGCGCAAUUAUAUAAUAGACAUAUUUCUCUCAUCAAUCGAGAAUUUGUAAUAGCAGUGGUGAUACAUGAGAGAUUAACGUUAAAGAGGCAUAGUGAUUAAUUUUUUUUUCACAUGGUUUGCUGAAAAGGCCAUCUCUACCCAUCCACUCAUUUUGUAAAUAUGUCGGUUGAAUCAUUUUUGGGUAUAUACGAUUGGAGAAAUGAUGCAUAGAUUAUGUAAAUGUAUUUGGGUCAAAUUUUGAUCUAUUUGACUUAAUUAAGGAUAUAUGAGUAAUAAAUGAAAACUGGAAUAUAUGUAUAGAAAAUAAUUUGAGAUUCAUAUCCAAAGAAUUUCCGACCAGAAAUGGCAUUUUAAUAUGUGUAGACACAUCAAUAUUAGAUGUAGGAUAAAGAAAUCCUAAUGGUAUUUUGAUAUUUUUGAAAAAUUAAUUUAUGUUAGAAGUUAUUUUAAAAUUAUUUGUACUUGCAAUUGUUUUAAUGUUGUAAAACACACACAAGUAUUGCCUGGUUGGUAGAGAAUUAAGACUCAAUUAUCCUGACUAGCGACUUAGUCAGACAUUAUCAUGAAAGAAAAUUGCUCAAAAAAUCUUAACAUAUACAAACCAUCAGUAUAAAAAUAGGCCUUAGCCUGUUAUUAUUUGUAUGAAUCACAUUUUUGGUAUUUUUGUAAAACUGAAGGGGGACCAAUACAAAAGAACACCUUCAAGCAACAUAAACAAUUCAUACUACCAUUUGUGUCAUCUUCAAAGAGGACAUUUUGACAGCACCUAUUGUGCAAAAUCAAAUACCAGUUGUAAAGUAACAAUUCUGUCUAUUUAAACAAUUAGUAAAAUUACAGUGUUCUGGCCCUACGUUGACAUUAUACUUGAUUGAUGUUUUUUUUAACAAUUUCAAGUGGUUUCUAACUGACCCUUUAGCAAAUUCACAUCUUUAAAGUAUAGACUUUAUUUUAGAAUUUAUCUUAAAUAUACACAUAUUUCGUUGUCACUUUGAAUAUAAUUAAGUCACAUGCAACUUUCCUUUACUGGUACAUAUUGCUUUUAACUAUAAGUCAUUUAAAGUUGAAGAAAUCUUGUUACAAAGCUUUUAAAAAAUUGUAUAAAAAGUGUUUUUAUUAAUGAAGAAACAAGUAAUUGAUCAUUCUUUUAAUUAUAAGUUUCAUUUGAAGAAGUUUCUUGUCAAUUUCAUUAAAAUGUCAUUUCAUAAAACAGGAUAUAUCUUUUAAAAGAAUUUCACAACCCAUAUCCUUUUAUUGUUCAUUCAAGGCAGAUUUCUAGUUAAGACGUUCUAUUUAUUUCUCAAAUCUGAACGCAAACACUUUGGGGCAAUGUACUCUAUUGUUCGACUAUGGUGACUCAUGUCGCGGCAAUGUCGUUUGUAUAUGUUGUCACAAAAUGAUCUGUCAGAGCGUCAAUCUUAAGUCCCCAUGUAUUUAUAGUACUGUGUUAUACUGCGCAAUUACGCAUGCUUUUAAAAGCCAAAAAACUUGUUAACAUAUUAAUUAUUAUUUCAUGCGAAUUUAUUUCCUUUCAUUACAAAGUUUUGAACUUUUUUAAUUACAUGAGUCAAAAUCCUAAACUACUUGAAAUAGAAGUAUUUCAAGUUGUAAGUGAUUAAAUGUAGAUUUAAAUUUUAGUUUUGUAAUCUUAAUUUAUAAUCUUUUCCGACAAGAUCUUAACUGGCUUUAUAGUUGGAUUGAUUUGUAUUUUAGUUAUUUUAUUUUGUUCAUAAUACUUGUAUCGGUAUCGACAGAUCACUGUAUUGAAAAGACGGGCGGGCGUUACGACGCCGAUAUUUAUUUAUUAGUUCAAUAUCAAUCAUGAUUUUGUUUAUUUUCUGAUAAGAACGGAAUGAUUCAGUUGUGUACACUCAUUCAAUUACACAUGAAAAUCAAUUAUGAUACAUAGUAAAUAUGACUAGGUUUUUAUCAUUUUUAUUUGACCACAAGGAAGAAGGAAACAAACGGACCCGGAUCUCUGACUAUUAAAAAACAGGAGCUACCUCUGAUCAAUAAAAAAAAUGUUUGAUUGUUUGAUUAAAAUAUGUUGAACAUUUUUCAUUAAGUUGUAAAAUAAUUGUUAAAAUGUACCAGAUGUUUAUCAGUGUAAUUACGGAUAUGAUUUUAAUAAAUAUUUUUAAAGUAUUGAUAUUUUUUACAUGUUAUAUGAGAAGGCAAUAUAUAAGUUGCUGAAAAACACGCAUUUACACGUUAUCUAGAUUUUUAUUUCACACAGUUGUGAAUGGAAAAAAAAUGUUGUAUAUAUUUUCAGUUUCGUCAUAUUGGUUAUAUAUUGUAAAUUUCAUUCUUGUGUUUUUAAUUUAUCAAUCAAGUGCUCUUCAUUACAUGUACAUGAUCUAUAUGGAGUCUUGUGACUGUUACGUCAUUGGAGUAAACAUGUAGAAAAUAUUGAAAAGAAAAAAAAUGAAAGAAAAAAAACGAGAAAAAAUAAAAAAUAUAAAAAUUAUAAA